AUGGAUUUGCUACGCUAUAAAAAUGUGACUGAUGCUUGUCUUCGCUGUCAGGCGGAAAAUAAACGCGAAGUACUCGGCCGUCAGGAUUGUGUGGUCGUUUGGGGCGAAUGCAAUCAUUCAUUCCACCACUGUUGCAUGUCGCUCUGGGUGAAGCAGAACAAUCGUUGCCCACUCUGUCAACAAGAGUGGUCCAUUCAACGCAUGGGCAAGUGAGCCGACAUGAGACCCAGAUGAUGAGCACAGUUGUACUAUAAAAGAAUAGAAUAUCUAAAAAUUAAGAAUACAAUUGGUAUUGAGAUUAUGUAAGCCGAAAUUUUCUCAUUAGAUUUAAGUUUCAAUUUUGAGUUGCUGAGUAUACCUAUAAGACAAAAACAUUAAAACACAAAUGUAUGAUGGGAUAAAUGUUGGAAUAAAUUUUAUUUGAGAGCAA